UUUUCAGAAUUCUGAUUUUCUCCAAAAGCCUGAUUAAAAAAUUUUUUUAUAUUUCAAGUUCCCAACCAGACCAACCAACAACGUCAACUACUUCAUCAACAUCUCAUCAAACUAGACAACAAUCUGUAGGCUUGUUAAGAAUGCCUUCGUUUGCUGGAACUCAACCAAGCCGUCAUGGAAGGCAAAGAAAAUUAACCAAAAGAGUAGUACAAAUGUUGAAUGAAUCAAUGCCUAAACCACCAGAACAUGGACCUGCUUUAAUUCGUCAACAACAAGAAAAAAUUCGAAGACGUCAAAGAAGGGGAGGAGGUGGAAAAGAUGACAACGUUGAAGAGGAAGGUGGUGGUGGAGAAGUGGCAGAUGAAGAUGAAGGAGACGAAUCUUUUGAUGAGGCUGAUGAAGAAGGAGAAGAGGAAACGGAUGAUAGGGCUUGGUGCUAUUGCAAACAGGGUUCUGCAGGCAAUAUGGUGGCAUGUGACAGUAAAAACUGCCCAUAUGAAUGGUUUCACUAUGAAUGCGUCGGAAUAACACAGCCGCCAAAGGGCCGGUGGUACUGCCCGACAUGUUCGAUGAAGCUGAGUAGCGCUAUGCGUUCCCGUUCGGCGUCUUCGGAACAACAACGAGAUAAUAAAUGA